AUGCUGCCUUCCCAGUCCUAUGUCAAUAUCUCCUUCUUCCAGCCACAUGCCUUCCUGAUGAUUGGCAUCCCAGGGCUGGAGGCUAUUCAUGGAUGGAUCUCCAUCCCCUUCUCCUCUAUGUACACGGUGGCCCUCACUGGAAACUGCCUGAUCCUCUUGGCUAUAAGGAGAACUCCCAGCCUGCACCAGCCCAUGUACUAUUUUCUGUCCAUGCUGGCCCUCACUGAUGUGGGCCUCACUCUGUCCACACUGCCCACCACCCUGGCUGUGCUCUGGUUUGACCAUCGGCUCAUAGGUUUCAAUGCCUGCCUGGUCCAGAUGUUCUUCCUCCACUCUUUCUCUGUGGUGGAGUCGUCAGUGCUCCUGGCCAUGUCAUUUGACCGUUUUGUGGCCAUCUCCAACCCUCUUCACUAUGCAGCUGUCCUCACCGAUAAUGUCAUCAUUAGUAUUGGGCUGGCCAUUGUGGCCCGUGCUACCCUUUGUCUCUUCCCAGUGCCCUUCCUGCUCAAACGUCUGAACUUCUGCCCUAAUAAGAUCCUCUUGUCCCACUCAUUCUGUUUCCAUCCUGAUGUGAUGAGAAGAGCCUGUGCUGACAUCACAAUAAACAUCCUCUAUGGGCUUUGUAUGGCACUGUCCACUGGAGGCAUCGAUUCUCUGCUCAUCAUUCUCUCCUACAUUCUCCUCCUACACACAGUGCUAGGACUGGCAUCUCCCAGGGAACGCAUCCGAGCCUUCAACACGUGUGUCUCCCAUAUCCUGGCUGUUUUUGUCUUCUUCAUCCCAGGCAUUACCCUGUCCAUGAUACACCGUUUUGGGGGGCACCUACCUCCCAUUGUACAUGCCUUAGUUGCCUAUACAUACCUGGUGGUGCCCCCUGUGCUCAACCCCAUCAUCUACAGUGUGAAAUCCAAGCCUAUCAGGGAGGCCAUGAUUAGGAUGCUAAAGAGGAAAGACCAAAGCUGA